UGCGUGCGGGGUUGGGUUCCUUUGCGCGUAUUGGGGUUUUUGACCUUUGCGAGUGCGCACGGGUCGGGGAAGAAAGGCAACCAACUCCUGACAGGUACGGCCCACCGGACAGCCAAAGGCCAGAUUAGAUCAUCUUCAUCCCCCCACCAAUCUCGUCCGCUGGCCAUGGCGCUGCUCGUCGUGUUCCUCCUCCUCGCCGUCGUCGUGGACCUCGCCUCGGCGGUCGCCCCGCCGCCGCCGCCCUGCAGCCGGUCGUGCGCCACGCUCAACUGCGACUCGGUGGGGAUCCGGUACGGGAAGUUCUGCGGCGUGGGGUGGAGCGGGUGCGAGGGGGAGGAGCCCUGCGACGACCUCGACGCCUGCUGCCGCGACCACGACCACUGCGUCGACAAGAAAGGUCUGAUGAGCAUCAAAUGCCACGAGAAGUUCAAAAACUGCAUGAGGAAGGUGAAGAAGGCCGGCAAGGUUGGGUUCUCCGGCAAGUGCCCAUACGAACUGGCCAUGGCCACCAUGACUCAAGGGAUGGACAUGGCAAUCAUGCUCAGCCAGUUGGGCAGCCAGAAGAUGGAGCUGUAGCUUACUGGUCGCUCGGUUGAUCUUAGAGAGGAGGUAUUCACCGACAUUGCUUGAUUGAAACUCAAUUUGACUUUGUUUGGUUAUUAUUACCACACCGUAGUUAUGAUUUUUUUCCUUUAGAAAAUCACAUUGUUUUGGAUUGGACAGCCGCAACGAUAAGAUGAUUUUAGGUUCCUGUGCGUUUUGCAGCUUGUAGUACAUUAUUGGAUCUUCUGCCCAGCUCUCAUUUCUGUAAACUGGGUUGUCAUGUAAUUGGAUCAAAAUAUUCACCAUUCUCCAACUUGAGAAUAUAAUUUUCAUGUCGAUCUA